AAUUGAUUAUAAUACACAGAUCUAAUUCUGAUUAAUAAUUCAAUAGAACUAAAUCGAUUUAAACAAAUCGAAUCAUUUAUAGGUGAAAUGGAAUUCGAAAGCGCGACGGAUUACACUUUUUAUAAGAACUUAUAUACCGUAACCGCGUACUUUUUUCCUUCUUUCCAUUUCCUAUAAACUGUAAAACAUAUUUUGUAUAAGAAAAAUAAGUAAAGAAUUUUAAAAAUAUAAUAUAAUGAUCAUAUUAUAAAAAAAGUUACGUAUGAAGAAUAAUAAGGGUUAUUGUAUAUGUGGAUAAUUAAGUUAGGUCAGAGAGCCGAAUAAUAGGAUUAAGCGUCAAUUUAAUAUGAUUACUGGGGCAGUAAUGUAGACGAUGCUGAGGCUUCUUUUACAUUUUGAUAAAAAUUUAUUCGCAGUAUUCGUACGUCUAUCAUCGUUGGUGUUUCAAUCUCAGUUCCUUAAUAAGUUUCCAAAUAAAGUAAGAUUCAACUAGAAAAUGGGGAAAGAUGAUGCAGAAACCAUAGCUUUAAAAAAAGAGCUAGAAGAUUUGAUCAAUAGGUGCAAGGAAGAUCAAAAGAAACAACAAGAUACAACUUUGGAGGAAACAUGUAGUAGUGUAGCAGAUGCUCCAAAAGUUAAAUUAUCUACUAAAAAAUUACUAAAGGGACAUAUCAAUAAAGUAAAUUCGGUACAUUAUAGUGGUGAUAGUAGGCAUUGCGUGACUGGUUCACUGGAUGGAAAAUUGAUCAUUUGGGAUUCAUGGACUGGAAAUAAAGUCCAGGUAAUCCCAUUGCGCUCAGCAUGGGUAAUGUCAGUAGCUUUUGCACCCUCGGGAAAUUUCGUUGCUUGUGGUGGUAUGGACAAUAUGUGUACUAUCUAUGAUGUGAACAAUCGUGAUGCCACAGGAUCAGCUAAGAUCGUUCGAGAAUUAUUAGGAUACGAAGGUUUUCUCUCAUCCUGCAGAUUCUUGGAAGAUAAAAAAAUAAUCACUGGAUCCGGUGAUAUGAAAAUAUGUAUAUGGGAUUUGGAAGCAAAUAAAAAAACUACAGAUUUUUGCGCGCAUGCUGGAGAUGUGGUUAGUAUUAGUUUAUCUCCAGAUGGAAAUACGUAUGUUACUGGAUCGGUAGAUCGAACAUGUAAAUUAUGGGAUUUAAGAGAAGAGAAAGCAAAACAAACUUUCUUUGGACAUGAAGCUGAUGUAAACUCUGUUUGUUAUCAUCCUUCGGGACAAGCUUUUGUAACAGCUUCAGAAGAUAAGACAGCGAGAUUGUGGGAUCUAAGAUCGGAUCAACAGUUAGCUACCUUUAAACCUCCAAAUUCAAAUCCCGGAUAUACAUCUUGUGGUUUAUCUUUAAGUGGAAGAUUCAUAUUCUGUGGAAGUGAUGAUAAUUCUAUUCAUAUAUGGGAUACAUUGAAGAAUCAACAUAAUGGUGUUUUGACGGGCCACGAAAACCGUGUAACAUCACUUAGCGUUACUGGAAAUGGUAUGGCUAUUGCCUCCUGCUCCUGGGAUCAAAAUGUUCGAAUUUGGGUGUAGAAUUAUGAAACAAAUAUUAAUACAAUAUUAAAAUAAUAAUAAUAAUAAUAAUAAUAAUAAUAGAAAAGAAAUUAAAACAGAAAAAAAUUUUAUUUUUUGUUGAAAUGUUCUUCAUUCGAAUUUUAUGAUUCCCAUGAAGUUUUUGAUAUACGAAAAUGAUAACUUUAUGGGAAAAUUAUAAAACUUUAAAAAAAUUAUAUUACAUAUUAUAUAUAUUAAAUGUUUACUUAUAUAUAUUAAAUAGAAUGUUAUUUUAUAUAAAUGCUUGUAAUUUACAUUGAAAAUUAUCAAGAUUUAAUAGUUUUUUUUUUAACUAAAAAAUAAAUAAUAUUAAGAGAAAGAAUAAUAAAAUGCAAAACAAAACAAAUAAUAAUAAAAUUGAUUGAAUGAAUAGUUUAUAAAAGACAGACACAUUUGUUUUCUUCCAUGUAUUAUUUGAAUGCAUUUAUAAAUAGUGCACAUGAUAUUCACAAAAAGAUGCAAUACUAGACAGCGUAUUUGAAAAUAUAGUUAUUACAUUUUCCGAAUAUUUUCAUUUUUAUGGGAAUUUUAUACCUGAAUUCUCUAUUGUAGCCUUGUAGUGAUUUACAACAUUAUUAUUUUAUUUCUACAUUUUAUAGAUAAUAUAUCUUUUUAUUAAUGUUGUGCUUUAAAAAAAGAGAGAAAUUUUAUUAAUAUUCAAAAAUUUGAUAUUCAUUAGGCAUAAAAUUUGAAAAUUACCGUGCCUUUUUAAUGUAGCGACGAACCUUUGGUGCAAAUUUUCUCAACAUAAUUUUUAUCACUAUAAACCUUGGCCAAUAGCUACAUUAAACGUUUAACAUAAUACAUAUGUAUUAUGAAUUUGAUAUACAUGCUACUGUACUUUAACGAAUUGAUUAUUACAAGUUUGUUUCGAUUUACAAUUAGUAAAUUAUACCUGUCUUUAACACUGAACAUAUUGAAUCAAAAACAAAAUAAUAAAAA